CAGGAGGAGCUCUGCCUCGGUGAUGGAUUCAUGUGGAAAUAAGAAGAUUGGAGUGCAGAUAUAGUGUAACAGGAGAAGAAGCGGAUGAUGGCCUCAGACUGGAGUUUAUUUAUCGGUACAGGACUGUGUGAGGUCAAGCAGGAGAUCAGCUGGUGUUCAUGAGGAAACUUCACCUGCUUCUAUUCUGGGAAAUAAAAAUGUUGUAAUUGAAUGUCAUAGCUGGAUUUAGACUAAAAAGAAGAAGAAUGGCGAAGAUCUGCACUGAACGCUCGUAUCCGUCUCAUCACCGGCUCUCGGUCCGGGCCUCAAACGAAGAACUGGACCAAAUGGAAAAUGGGGACAGCAGGAGACACUCAAUAUGCGAGGACACCAUCUCCGACAUGAACGGGGUUAUGUCCAGUCAGCUCCAGGAGUCUCGCAGGAGCUCCUUCACAGGAGCAGGGGCCAUGGCCAGGCUCUCCCACUUCCUGUUCAUGCUGAGGAACUGGGCGUCUCACAGACUGCAGAAUGAGGCAGAGCGCCCCGACUCCUUCCUGGAGAGAUUCCGAGGUCCUGAGCUUAAAGAUCUCUCCAGCCGCGGCAGCAUCGCCCGGUCCUCAUUAGAACAUCCUGAGCGGCCUCACAACAGGAAUCAGUGGUCACUCGCACUUUACAAUACGAACAACUGCAACAGCACAGACGACAAAAAAGAGGAAACAAAGAAAGAUGAGAAAAAAGUGGAGGAGAAAAAGGAUGGACAGAAAAAUGAAGAGAAAAAGGAUGGGGAGAAGAAAGAAGAGAAAAAGGAUGAAAACAAGGAGAAAAAGAAAGAUGAUAAAAAGACAGAGGAGCCUCAGAAAAACUCGUUUAUCGUGGAUCCGUCCACAGACCUGUAUUAUCACUGGCUGACAGUAAUAGCAGGACCAGUGUUCUACAACCUGAUGAUGCUCAUCACAAGAUCUUGCUUUAACGAGCUCCAGGACUCGUACACGACGCUGUGGAUGAUCCUGGACUACACGUCGGAUUUGAUCUACUACACGGACACCUUUGUGAGAUCGAGAACAGGUUUCUUAGAACAAGGACUUCUGGUGAAAGACACAAAGAAGUUGAUGGAGAAUUACAGAAAAACAGUGCAGUUUAAAUACGACAUCUUCUCCAUGCUCCCCACGGAUAUUUUCAUGAUCAAGGUGGGAUACAACAACCCCGAGCUACGCUUCAACCGCCUCUUCAAAAUGGCACGUCUCUUCGAGUUCUUCGAUCGGACCGAGACGAGAACGAACUACCCGAACAUCUUUCGUAUCAGCAACCUCGUACUUUACAUCCUCAUCAUCAUCCACUGGAACGCCUGCAUCUUCUUCGCAAUUUCUAAAACCAUCGGCUUCGGGACAGACACCUGGGUGUAUCCGAACAUCAGUCAUCCGGAAUACGGGCGUCUGUCCAGGAAAUACAUCUACUGCCUGUACUGGUCUACGCUCACCCUCACCACCAUUGGAGAAACUCCACCCCCUGUUAGAGACGUCGAGUACCUGUUUGUGGUCACCGACUUCCUCAUUGGUGUGUUAAUCUUCGCUACCAUUGUCGGUAAUGUGGGUGCGAUGAUCUCCAACAUGAACGCGUCACGUGCCGACUUCCAGGCCAAGAUCGACUCCAUCAAGCAGUACAUGCAGUUCCGGAAGGUCAGCAAAGAUCUCGAGGCCAGAGUCAUCAAGUGGUUUGAUUACCUCUGGACGGAGAAGAAAACCUGCGAUGAGAAGGAGGUACUGAAGAACCUUCCAGACAAGCUCAAAGCCGAGAUCGCCAUUAACGUCCACCUGGACACACUGAAGAAGGUACGGAUCUUUCAGGACUGUGAAGCCGGGCUUCUUAUCGAGCUGGUCCUGAAGCUUCAGCCUCAAGUCUUCAGCCCUGGAGAUUACAUUUGCAAGAAAGGCGACAUCGGACGCGAGAUGUACAUCAUCAAAGAAGGGAAGCUCGCCGUGGUGGCCGACGACGGAGUCACGCAGUUCGUGGUUCUCAGCGACGGAGCGUAUUUCGGAGAAAUCAGCAUCCUUGGUAUCAAAGGCAGCAAAGCCGGGAACAGAAGAACCGCAAACAUCCGCAGCGUGGGCUACUCCGACCUCUUCGCCCUCUCCAAAGACGACCUCAUGGAGGCGCUGACCGAGUACCCUGAAGCCAAAAAGGCACUGGAGGAGAAAGGGAAGGCCAUCCUGAGGAAGGAUAAUCUCCUGGAUGAAGCGGCGGCCAGCGCCGGAGCCGACCCCAAAGAUCUGGAGGAGAAGAUUUCACAAUUGGAGAGCAACCUUGAAAUAAUGACCACUAAGUUGGCCAGACUGGUAGCAGAGUACACGUCCUACCAGAGCAGGAUCAAGCAGAGGCUCACCAACAUGGAGAACAAAGUAAAGACGCUGAGGGAGGAAGAUCUUUCCGAGGUGGUGGCCGACAAAAAGGAGGAGGAGAAAAAAAACAAAUAGAUUGAUGAUUUGUUUGUACAUUUUGGUAACAUUUCUAAAUGCAGCAUUAUUUACAUGUACAGAACGACAUUUAGAGCUUUAAAGCUAAACUGAUUUCCACAUUGUACAGCACUGCAUUCAUCACCAGGGGUCCCCAAACUAUGGCCCCUAUGCCCCACAUUUGGUAUGGCCCCUUUGAACAAUGCCAGAGACAUAUUUUGAACAUUUAAUUUUAAAUAUAUGUUUUACUCAUAUCAUAUCUGUAUUUGAUAAUAAAAUUUGGCUUUUAAA